CCAUCAGACACAUAGAUCAAAGGGCUCAAACCCGUUCACAGCCUGAGUGUAUCAGACCACAGCAUUCCUCAUUAGGCGGAUGUUGCUGCUAUAACAAGUAUUAUCAUCGAUUGCUACUUGGAAGACGGCUGGAUCCCAAGAUGGGCCUUGCGGGGCUACAUAUAGUUGUUUUUUUCAUCCUAUGUCAGAACCCUCUUCUUACUAAAGGCCAGUGUGACAGCACACAGUUUCAGUGUACUAACGGCCAGUGCAUAGACCAGAACUGGAGGUGCGAUGGAACUAAGGACUGCACCGACGAUUCGGAUGAGCUCAACUGCCCGGCAGCCUCGUGCGGCUCUCAGCAGUUCCAGUGUGUGACGGGGGGCGAAUGCAUUUCGCUGGCGUUUGUGUGUGAUGGAGAGAACGACUGCAUAGAUGGCUCAGAUGAACAGAGGGCCUGCAAUGGCCAGACAUGUGGUCCACACCAGUUCAGGUGUCAGGAGGGCCAGUGCAUCCCACAGCAGUACCGGUGCGAUCACGUGAAAGACUGCGUGGACAACUCGGACGAGACCAGCUGCAACUACCCGAGCUGUCCAGAGAAAACGUGUGCCAAUGGUGCCUGUUACAACAACACACAACACUGCAACGGACUAUUGGACUGCAGAGAUGGAUCGGACGAGUACAACUGCACAACGGAGCACUGUCCACUCCAUCAGUACCAGUGUGCCAAUGGCUACUGCAUCCCCAUGUCAUUCGUGUGUGACCACUGGGACGACUGUGGUGACCAUAGCGACGAAGAAGGUUGUGCGUAUCAGAGCUGCAGCGGGUCACAGUUCACAUGUACCAGUGGCCGAUGCAUCCCGCAGGACUGGGUUUGCGACGCCUUCAAUGACUGCGGAGACUACAGCGAUGAAAAGGGAUGUGACGGUCAUGUGAGAGACUGUUACCCCGGUGAGUGGCCGUGCCCGGACUCGCCUACCUGCGUGGCCAUCAGCAAAGUGUGCGAUGGCCGUCCUGACUGCCCCGGUGGCACAGACGAAGCCAACAGCACAGCCCAGCUGACCUGUGGUCUUCAGCAGUGCUCUGCUCUCAGUUGCGAGUACCGUUGCCAUGCCACCCCACAGGGAGGAGCCUGCUACUGCCCCGAUGGCUACAUCGUGGCCAAUGACAGUCGUACGUGUGUGGAUUAUAAUGACUGCAACAUCUGGGGAAUCUGUGACCACUUCUGCGAGGACCGUCCAGGGUCGCACCGUUGUAGCUGUGCUGACGGGUACUUCCUGGAACAAGGUCACAUAUGCAAGGCCAAUGUGUCAGAGGGACUUCCUCAGCUAAUCUUCACCGACGGCCGUGAUGUCAGGAUGGCGGAUAUUCAUGGGCGGUUCAUCAGAACUCUGGUCCAGUCACCGGGCAAAGGUUAUGCUGUCGGCGUAGCCUACCACUGGCACAGUCAUCGGGCCUUUUGGUCUGACACAAAUGUUCAGAAGGUCUUCUCUAUAAAUUUCGAUGGGAGCGAUCAGCAGGAGGUUCUGAGCGAGGCCGUGCACAGUGUCCAGAACAUCGCCGUGGACUGGAUCAACUUCAAGCUGUACGUGCUGGAGGCACGAGUGGAGCGCAUCGAUGUGUGCAACUUCGACGGCAGCAACCGCGUCACCCUGGUGGCUGAAAACCUGGAGAACCCACAUGGCCUCGCCCUGGACCCCACGGUCGGGUACAUGUUCUUCACAGACAUCAUAGGCUAUGGUGACAACGACAUGAAACUGGAGCGUGCCUUCAUGGACGGCAGCAAUCGAUUUGAGCUGGUGAAGACGAGGGUUGGCAAUCCGAGUGGUGUUACCCUGGACCUGGUCACCAAAAGGGUGUACUGGACAGACGAGCACUUCAACAUGGUACAGACUGUUACCUACAGCGGCCUGGACAGGAAAAUUGUGUUGAAUGGAGGCUAUCAGGUCCCUCAUCCAUUUGGCCUGUCUGUCUUUGAGAAUCACGCCUUCUUCACCGACUGGACUAAGAUGGGUGUCAUCCGCACCAACCGCUUCAACGGCAGUGACCCCACGCUCCUCUUCCGGACGGCAGACAAACCUGGGCACAUUGUGGUCUCUCACUCUACCCUGCAACCUGUGGUGCAGAACCCGUGUGGCCGGCACAAUGGCGGCUGCCAGCACAUCUGUGUGCUGAGCCACCGCACCGACAACGAUGGACUGGGCUACCGCUGCAAGUGUCGCCUGGGUUACGACCUCCAGCCUGACCUCCGCACCUGUUUCAAGGUGCGUGACUUCCUGUUGGUGGCGACAUCGUAUGCGGUGCGGGGGAUCCCCCUGAACAUAUCCAUGCAGGAGGACGUCACACUUCCCCUGACCGGUCUGGGGGUCACCUUCAGCGCCUCGGGCGUGGAGUACGAUGCCAGCGAGGAGGCCGUGUUCUACAACGACCGCAGCAGGGCCAUCAUCUACAAGGGUGCCGUCAAUGGAACACACCAGCAGAUUCUGACAGGGUUCCGCGUGGGAACGGUAGAGUCCAUGGCCUACGACUGGACCUCCAAGGUUCUUUUCUGGACGUCCAGCACCUACCGAUCCGUCUCGGCCUACAAAGUGACGGAUGGAUCUAGACGGGAAAUCGUGGAGCAACUGAAGAACCCCCGCGGCAUUGCGAUUCACCCCAGCGCAGGAUUGCUGUUCUGGUCGGACUGGUACCGUCCUGCGGUGAUCACCCGAGCCUACACAGACGGCAGCAAUGCCGUCCCACUCAUCAACACCACCCUGGGCUGGCCCAAUGGGCUCGCCAUCGACUACAUGAUGGACAGACUCUACUGGGUGGACGCUCUGCUGGACCGCAUCGAGUUUGUGGGCAUGGACGGCUCGGACCGCCAGGCCUUCUCCAACAUCGGCCAGAUCACACAGCCCUUCUCCCUCACCAUACACUUAGACCACCUGUUUGUGUCUGACUGGAGAACUAAAUCUGUGUUCCGGAUGCGGAAGAGAGAUGGAGGAAACAGUGUUGUCCUCCGCAAGGGGAUCAUGGGAGUCAUGAACGUGAAGGCCUACUCUGCCGACAUCCAGAGCUUGUUCAACAGUCGCUGUAACAUGCUCCCCAACGGCCAGUGCAGCCACUUCUGCUUCCCCACACCGGCGUCCAGUCGCGUGUGCGGCUGCCCCUAUGGCAUGAAGCUGCAGGCCAACCAGCGCGACUGCGUCAAGGACGACUCCGUCGUUCCGCCCGACGUCAGCUGCGGCGACUACGCCUUCCCCUGCGAUGGCGGCCGCUGCGUCUCCAACUCGUACCGCUGUGAUGGCAUCAGGGACUGCAUGGACAACACGGAUGAGACCAACUGCACCGAUAUUGGCAUGACCUGCUCUCCCAGGGCCUUCACCUGUGGAAACAAGCACUGCAUCCCCAGCAGAUGGCGCUGUGACGGCCAGGAUGACUGUGGCGACGGCACUGACGAGGACAACUGCCCGACGCGCCUGCCCACCACCUGCAGUGCCGAGCAGUUUGCCUGCUCCAACGGCAAAUGCGUCCCCAAGAGCUGGGUUUGCGACAUGGCCAAUGACUGCGGGGAUGGCUCGGACGAGCGGGUGUGCAAUGGCACAAUCUCCACCUGUAGUCCAGGCUUCUUCCUGUGUCCAGACCACCGCUGCAUCUCCAACGCUUACGUGUGUGAUGGGGACCAGGACUGCAUGGAUGGCUCUGACGAGAAGGACUGUGAGUUCGCCUGCUCCUCAUAUGAGUUUGCCUGUGCCAGCGGGGACCAGUGCAUCAGCAAUAGUUACCGCUGCGAUGGAGUGUAUGACUGCAGAGACCACUCAGAUGAGCGGGGCUGCCCCACUAGAGGGCCUGGUUUGUGUCACGACAACGAGUUCCAGUGCCAGGUGGAUGGCUUCUGCAUCCCAGGCACCUGGGAGUGCGACGGGCAUGCUGACUGCGAGGACGGCUCAGACGAGCACCACGGCUGCCCACCCCGCACCUGCCGACCCGGCUUCUUCCAGUGCGCCAAUGGCAACUGCAUAUCAUCGAACUGGGUGUGCGAUGGCGAUAACGACUGCCGAGACAUGAGCGACGAGCAGGCCUGCCCCACGCCGCCCUUCAGCUGCCCCGCCGGCCAGUGGCUGUGCCCGACCUACCAGGUGUGCAUCGCGGAGGGCAAAGUGUCGCGGCAGCAAAGCGCACUGCCGGACGGAACCCGGCAGAGUAAGCCCCUCUGCAACGGUGAUGACUGUGCGGUGGCUAACGGGGGCUGCAGUGACGGCUGCAUCCAGGGCCCGUUCGGCGCCCAGUGCACGUGCCCGUCGGGCUACCAGCUCCUCAACGACUCCAAGACGUGCGAGGACAUCGACGAGUGCCAGGUGCUCGGCUUCUGCAGCCAGCAGUGCUUCAACGAGCGCGGCUCCUUCCGCUGCAACUGCCAGGACGGCUACCUGCUGGAGCCCGACAUGCGCACCUGCAAAGUCAAGAACCCCAUAGAGGCUGUGCUGUUGGUCACCAAGCGUAGUCAGAUCAUCGCUGACCGCAUCAACUUCCGCCCGCCUGUCAUCCAGCCCAUCGUCAGUGGCUCCAGCAUCGUCUCCGUGGAUUUUGACCGGGUCUCCAAGAGGAUCUUCUGGGCAGACGUCUCUGAGACGAUGAUCUGGAGCGCCUUCCAGAAUGGCACGGACAAGAGGAAGGUUUUUAGCAGUGGACUGAUGGUUCCGGAGACCUUGGCUGUGGAUUGGGUCGGCCGGAACCUCUACUGGGUUGACUCAGUGAUGCAGACCAUUGAGGUUUCCACCAUCGAUGGACACUUCCGGAAGAUUCUGUUAAGCAAAAACAUUACCAGUCCACGCGGGCUUGCACUUGAUCCUCGCAACCACACCAAUGUGAUGUUCUGGUCAGACUGGGGUCAAAACCCACGGAUCGAACGGGCCGACAUGGAUGGCUUUGGGAGGAAAGCCAUCGUUACAACAAAGGUAUACUGGCCCAAUGGACUGGCCCUAGACUACCCAACUCGCCGCCUCUACUUCGCUGAUGCCUAUCUGAAGUACAUCGACUACUGCGACUACGAUGGCAACAAUCGUCAUCAGGUGUUCGCCAGUGACAUGAACCUAAACCAUCCGCACGGCUUGACCGUGUUUGAGGACUACGUCUACUGGAGCGAGCGCUACACCAGCCGUGUCAUGAAGACCAACAAGUUCCACGGCGGGAACGUCACCACCCUCAUGACCAGCGUCUACCAGCCCAUGGGCAUCGCUAUGGACCACCACAUCAAGCAGCCCAACGCGAUUAACCCCUGCGCGGAGCACGUGUGUAGCCAGUUGUGUUUGCUGUCUCAGAUACGGCCAAGGUACUACACCUGUGCCUGCCAGUCCGGCUGGAACCUCAACAGUGACAAGCGCACCUGCACCAAAGAUGACACCCCUUUCUUAAUGGUGAUGAGAGAGACUGUUAUCAUGGGGAUCCCUCUCAACCCCAACGACACCUCCAACAACGCCAUGGCCCCCAUAUCAGGCAUCACGAAAGGAGUCGACAUCGACUUCGAUGACAAGGAACAGUUUGUCUACUGGGUGCAAGGCUCCGGAUCGAUAUACAGAGUGAAGACUGAUGGAACCAACAGAACCCAGUUUGCACCCGCAGGGAUCAUCGGUUCUCCCUCAGGCCUUGCUUUUGAUUGGAUAACCCGCAUGAUGUACUACACCAAUCCCACCAAUAAGGCGAUAGAGGUUAUCAGAGUGGAUGGAGCGCAGCAGUACAGGAGGACUCUCAUCACCAGCACGGGCAAACCCGAGGGAGCCGGCACACCAGUGGGCAUAGCCCUGGACCCCGCCAGAGGGAAGUUGUUCUGGACAGACAGAGGGACAGACAGUGGGGUCCCCGCUAAAGUGGCCAGUGCAGACAUGGACGGAGGGAACCUCAAAACCCUUUUCACAGGGAACCUGGCCAACAUUGAGUUCAUCACCGCAGACAUUGCAGCCAGCAAGCUCUAUUGGGGAGUUCCCAGCUCGGGACUGAUCGAAUGCGGCACCAUGGAUGGCGUGAGCCGGGUGACCAUCGUCAGCGGCCUGUCCCACCCGUGGGGCAUCAGUGUGCACGGCCCCCACCUCUACUACAGCGACCUGGACUACGAGGUGGUGGAGCGCGUGGACAAGGUCAACGGCGCCAACAUGGUGGUGCUGAGGAGCGGCUUGGACGGGGUCCGCGCCGUCAAGGUCCACGCCAGAGACAACUCGGCCGGCACGACCAACGCCUGCAGCACCAACAACGGCGGCUGCCCGCACCUUUGCCUGCCCAAGCCGGGAGGCCAGAAGACGUGUGCCUGCACCACGGGCUUCGUGCCCUCCCAGGAUGGCACACUCUGCGAGCAGUACGACUCCUUCGCCAUCGUGUCCACGCCACGCAUGCUCCGAGGCUUCCACAUCAACAGCUCUGACCACUCCGAGGCCAUGGUACCCGUGACAGGAAGCUCCUACACUGUAAUGGACAAGAUGGACCUUCACAUUGCCUCUGGUUUCGUGUACUGGAUUGACAACAGCACGUUCACCACCUACAGAGGGAUCAACCGGGCCAAGACAGACGGGUCACAGUAUUCCCGAAUUGUAUCGUCUGGUGUGGGCACAGGUGGCAUCCAGGGGCUCGCCAUCGACUGGAUAGCAGGGAACCUGUACUUCACCAACGUGUUCCCAAGUCAGACCCACCUGGAGGUGAUGCGCCUGAACACCACGUACCGUUUGGUUCUGCUCAAGAGCACGUUGGACCGACCCCGCGACCUGGCCGUCAGCCCCAGGCUUCGCUUAAUCUUCUGGACCGACGCCGGCCAGAACCCCAAGAUCGAGCGAGCUCAGCUGGACGGCACCAAUCGGACUGUGCUGGCCACCGAGAGCCUGUCCUCCCCUCGCGGCAUCACGGUGGACUACACCAACGGCAUGCUCUACUGGGCCGAUGACGGGCUUGACAUGAUCUCCAUGAUGUUUGCCGACGGCACCGGGAGGCAGAUCAUACGCUAUGGUAGCCGGUACCCGGCCCCGUAUGGCCUGUCCAUCCUGGGUAACUACCUGCUGUGGGUUGACUGCAAGCUCGGGAAGCUCUUUCAGGCCAGCAAGUACGCUGGGAACCAGAACGAGACCGAGGUGAUCCGCGACGGGCUGCAGGGCCUGUCGGACGUCAAGGUGUUCGACGCCCACGUGCAGCCCACCGCCGCAAACCAGGUGGACUUCCACCCGUGCCUGGAGGACAACGGGCGCUGCCAGCAGUUCUGCUUCGCCUAUCCGGGCCAGACGGCGGCGAAGUGCGGCUGUGCCCACGGCUCGCUGCUCAGCAACGGCGUCACCUGUGGCUACGGCCAGGACGAGUUUCUGGUCUACACCACCGACUACACGCUCAACAGCGCUCGGCUGGACCCGGAUGACCACUCGGUUCCUUUUGCGUCCUUCUCCCUGGGUUACAGCAUCAUGGCGCUGGAUUUCGACUACCAGGACCGCAGGGUGUUCUUCUCACAGUAUCUUGGGAUUGGGAGGAGCAAGAUCGGGUACAUUAACACCGCCACGCCUGGGACUCCCCCAGUCUUCAUUGCCACAGACCUGCAUGACCCUGAGGGUUUGGCCUAUGACUGGGUUCAUAAGAGGCUCUACUUCACCGACUACAGCAACAGGAGCGUCCAGGCCAUAGGGAUAGACGGACAGAACCGCACCUUCAUCGCCCACGCCAACCGGCCGCGAGCCAUCAUCGUGGACCCCUGCUAUGGGUAUCUCUACUGGACAGACUGGGGAUCCCCUGCCAAGAUCGAGCGAGCUACAAUCAGUGGAAACUUCCGGACGCCCCUCAUAAACACCAGUCUCUCCCAGCCCAAUGGCCUCUCCAUUGACUACGAGGAGAGGCUGCUCUACUGGUCUGAUGGCACUCUGGACAAAAUCGAACGCUCCUCCCUGACCGGUGAGAACCGGGAGGUGAUCGUGGGCUUCGCCCAGUAUCCUUUUGCUGUGACCGUCUACCAGCAGGACAUCUACUGGACAGACUGGAACGAUCGUGCCUUGUACCGGGCCAGCAAGGACGACGGCUCUGGCGCGGUGGUGCUGGUCGAGGGCCUACAGUACCGGCCCAAUGACAUACACGUGUUCAGCAGCUCCAAGCAGGAGAUUUGUGCUAGCCCCUGCCAACAGUUUAAUGGAGGAUGCAGCCAUGUGUGUGUGGCAGGCCCAGCUGGUGCGGAAUGCCAGUGCCCCCAAGGGAAUUGGUACCUGACCAACAACGGGAAGGACUGCAUCAAGGACGUGGGUCACCGCUGCCAGCCAGACCAGUUCAGCUGCCUGGACGGGGGCUGCAUUAGCCCACGCUGGAAGUGUGACGGCUACCCGGACUGCUUCGAUGGCUCGGACGAGCUGGAGAGAGUGUGUGCCUUCCACACCUGCUCCGCCAUGGACUUCACGUGCGAUAACGGCCGCUGCCUGCCCCUCGCCUACGCGUGCGACUACACAGACGACUGCGGAGACAACAGCGAUGAGCGAGGCUGCCCCUACCCCACCUGCCACCCCGUCGACGAGUUCACCUGCGCCAACGGCCGCUGCAUCAGCGCUGCGUUCGUCUGCGAUGGCCACAACGACUGCCGUGACAACGCCACUUCUGACGAAAUCAACUGCCCGGACAGAACCUGCUCAUCCGGAGAUGUCAAGUGUGACAACACCAACAUCUGCAUCAAUCCCGACAGGCUGUGUGACGGCUACAACGACUGUGGAGACAACAGCGACGAGAACCCACUCUUCUGUUUGAGCAGGACGUGCUCUCCAGACGAGUUCCGCUGUGACGAGGGCAAAUGCAUCCCUGACAGCUGGGUGUGUGACUACAUCAGUGACUGUGUGGAUGGCACGGACGAGCCUGACUCAUGCGUCGACGUGGUGCGCACCUGCGCGGUGUCUGAGUUCACUUGUGUGAAUGGGAACUGUGUGCCGGCCUCGCUCAUUUGCGACGGCAACAAUGACUGCUGGGACAACAGUGACGAGGCACCUGAGCUGGAGUGUGGUCAGCGGACGUGUUCUCCGGACCAGUUCUCCUGCCCUCCGCCCUGGCGGCCAGGCACACCCCGCUGCGUCCCUCAGAGCUUCGUCUGCGACGGCGAGAGAGACUGCGCAGACGCAGCCGACGAGCUGCAGAACUGCCCCAACCGCACCUGCCACAUGAACGAGUUUGCCUGCGCCAACGGACUCUGCAUCCUCAUCCCCUUCCACUGUGACCGCGUGAACGACUGCGGGGACGGUAGCGACGAACACGGCUGCACGUACGACACCUGCUCCAGCCAGCAGUUCACCUGCCAGAACGGCAUGUGCGUGCCCACCUGGUACGUGUGCGACGGCACGGCCGACUGCAUGGACGGCUCGGACGAGCUGGAGAGCCUGUGCCACUCCCCAGUGCCCACCUGCGCCCCGGGCCAGUUCCUGUGCAAGUCGGGCGAGUGCAUCGACAUUCACAAGGUGUGCAACCAGCAGAGGGACUGCUCCGACAACAGCGACGAGAAGGGAUGUGGGAUAAACGAGUGCAACAACCCGGCGGUGCACCAGUGCGCCCAGCUGUGCGAGGACACGCUGACGGGCUACCGUUGCUCGUCGAGCCCGGGCUUCACCAUGGCCCGACGGGCCUGCGCCCGGCGUGGGCGAGUGCCGCCGAGGCGCCCGACCGUCUGCAGCCAGAUCUGCGCCAACUCCGCCGGCUCCUACCGCUGCACCUGUGCGCCGGGCUACCUGCGGGAGGCCGACGGGCGCACCUGCCGACACAACAGCGGCGUGGCGCCCUACCUGCUCUACUCCAACCGCUACUACAUCCGUAACCUGACGACGGACGGGGCAUCGCUGUCCGUGGUGCUGCAGGGCCUGGGCCAGGCGGUGGCGCUCGACUUUGACAGCUACGACAAGCGACUCUAUUGGCUGGACGCCAACGUGGGGCGCAUAGAAAGGAUGCGAUUGGACGGGACGGAGAGGGAGGUGGUGCACGAGCACGAUCUGAUUGGUGCAGAGGGGCUGGCAGUGGAUUGGGUGGGCAGGAAGUUGUACUGGGUGGAUAACUAUCUGGGUGCGCUGCACGUGUCUGAGAUGGACGGUCGGUAUCGUAAGAAGCUGCUCAGUGACUGUCUGGAUAAGAACCACACCUACUGCUUCACCAACCCCCGCGCCGUCGCCGUCAACCCAAAAUACGGAUGGUUGUACUGGACAGACUGGGGACACACUCCUUACAUUGGCAGAGUUGGUAUGGAUGGUACCAAUGCCUCCGCACUCAUCACCACCAAACUGGAGUGGCCUAACGCACUGACCAUCGACUACACCACCAAUAAGAUCUUCUUCGCCGACUCCCAUCUCGGCUUCCUGGAUUAUGCUGACAUGGACGGACAGAACCGCCACCGGGCCAUAGCGGGUUCGCUGCCUCACCCCUUCGCAGUGACCCUGUUUGAGGACACAGUGUUCUGGACAGACUGGAACACUCACACUGUGGAGAGGGCCCACAAGUACACCGGCGCUGAUCGAGUCGUCAUGGGCAACAACACGCACCGGCCGUACGACAUUCAUGUAUACCACCCCUACCGACAGCCACGCAGUGAGAACCCGUGCAAUAACCACGAGCUCACCUGUAGCCACCUGUGUCUGAUCCGGCCGGGGGGCCAGGGGGCAACCUGCGAGUGCCCUGACCACUUCAUCGGCCUGGCCGUGGGCUUCAAGAUCCAGUGUGUGGCCGACUGCUCCAGCACGCAGUUCCGCUGCGGAGACAACGAGAGGUGUGUUCCUAUCUGGUGGAAGUGUGACGGCCAGUCUGACUGUGGUGACGGGUCAGACGAACCGGAGACGUGCCCGCCCCGCCUCUGCCCCAUUGGUCGGUUCCAGUGUCAGGACGGGAACUGCACCUACCCCAACUUCCUGUGUGAUGCCGACCCUGACUGUCCCGAUGGGUCUGAUGAGGACCCUGCACUCUGCAGUGACCACCGUUGCCAGGACAACCAGUUCCAGUGCAAGAACAAGCAGUGCAUCCCGGUGUCAUGGCACUGCGACGGCGUGACGGACUGCACGGAUGGCAGCGACGAGGACGCGGACACCUGUGCCCAGAAGACGUGCAAGCCGAACCAGUUCCAGUGCAAGGACGGCCACUGCAUCCCUGCCAACUACGUAUGUGACGCCCAAGACGACUGCGGGGACCACUCGGACGAGCCCCUUGACCAGUGCAUGGGGCCAGACUAUAAGUGUGAUGCAGACACCGAGUUCUCCUGUAAGAGCAACUACCGCUGCAUACCCCAGUGGGCCGUGUGUGAUGGCGCCAAUGACUGCAUCGACAACAGUGACGAGCAGGACUGCGCUGCUCUGACCUGUGACCCCUCGGGCGAUUUUCGCUGUGACAAUCACCGCUGUGUUCCCAUUCGCUGGAAAUGUGAUGGCAGAAACGACUGUGGUGAUGGCUCUGAUGAAAGAGACUGCGUGCCUCGAGAAUGCUCUGAGAGCGAGUAUCGUUGUGACAACCAGCAGUGCAUCCCAGGUGCCUGGGUGUGUGACCAUGACAACGACUGUGGGGACAAUUCUGACGAGCGGGACUGCGAGUUGAAGACGUGUCGCCCUGACUCCUUCCAGUGUCUGUCCGGCCACUGCAUUCCUGCGGUGCUCAAGUGCGAUGGCCGUGCGGACUGCCUGGACUUCUCAGAUGAAACCACGUGUCCCACGCGUUUCCCAGGGGGCCGCUGGUGCCCAGAGCACCAGUUCCAGUGUAAGAACCAUCUGUGUGUGGGCCAGACCUGGGUGUGCGACGGCUUUGACGACUGCGGGGACCGAUCCGACGAGGAGCUCAGCCUGUGCUUCAACAUCACCUGUGAGAUGCCGGCCAAGUUCCGCUGUGACAACGGCUACUGCAUCUACUCAGGCCUCAUGUGCAACCAGAGAGACGACUGUGGAGACGGCAGUGAUGAGAAGGAGGAGAACUGUCAGGAGCCGACCCUGGCCCCGUGCACCACGGAGCAGUUUAAGUGCACCAACGGCCGCUGUGUGGCCCUGCCCUACGUAUGCGACUUCAACGACAACUGCGGAGACCUGACAGAUGAGAUGGGCUGCAAUUUUGGGCAUGACCGCACGUGUGAGGAGAAGCUGUGUGAGCAUGACUGCACCAACCUGAACGGCACCGGCUUCAUCUGCUCCUGCAGGCCAGGCUAUACCGUGAACCCCGACAGCACCUUCAACUGCAACGAUGUCGAUGAGUGUGGGGUCUUUGGCACGUGCCCCCAGGCGUGUAAGAACACCAAAGGCGGGUACGACUGUGAGUGUGCCUCUGGCUAUCGUAAGGUGGGCACUGGGAGCUGUGAAGCUGAAGGUCCGGGGCCUCUGCUGUUGCUCCCUGAGAACAUCCGUAUCCGGCGGUUCAACCUGCAGACGGAGCAGUACCACAACUUCCUGGAGGAGCAGGAGCGCAUCAUGGCCCUGGACUACGACUGGGACCACAAUAACACAGGCCUUAGUAUGGUGUAUUUCACUGUGGAGGGGAAAGGCUCUGAGGCUGGCGCCCUGAGAAGAGCCUACCUGCCCGUCGUAGAUGACCAGAGCAACAACAUCGCCGCCGCUGUCACCUUGGACAUCAAAUACAUCGUAAAGCCCUAUGGGAUAGCAGUGGACUGGGUCGGCAGGAACCUGUACUGGGCCGACUCACAGAUCAAGCGUCUGGAGGUGGCCCUGCUGGACGGGCGCUACAGGAAGCAUCUGGUCAAGACAGACCUGGGAGAACCAGGUGCCGUGGCUGUCAAUCCACGACUGGGGCUGCUCUUCUGGGUGGACAACGGCGAGGCUCCCCGCAUCGAGAGCUCCUGGAUGGACGGCCAACAGCGGAAGGUUCUAGUAGACAGCGGUUUGGGCUGGCCCACCGGACUGUCAAUCGACUUCACCAACAACGACCGCCUGUACUGGUCCGACACCAAGGAGAGCCGCAUUGAGUCCGUGCUCCCCACAGGAGAAGAUCGCCGCAUUGCUCUGUUCAUAGACGUGCGUAACCCCUUCAGCGUGAGUGUGUUUGAGGACCACGUGUACUGGAGCACGCAGGAGAAGGGCGAGGUGUUCCGCCAGGACAAGUUCGGCAAGAGCGCCAAGACCCUCCUGUUCACGGCCGGGCCCUGGCUCACCCAGGUCAAUGUGUACCAGCAGCAGAGAUACAACUCCAUCAACAUGAGAAACCCCUGUAAGGGCACCUGUAGUCACCUGUGUCUGCUGAGGCCGGGAGGCUACACCUGUGCCUGUCCAGAGGGGACCAGCUUCAGCUCCGGCAGCCACACCGUGUGUGACGCUGGUUUCGACCCUCCCCCCACAAUGCCUCCUCCAUGUUUCUGUCAGAAUGGAGGAACCUGCUACUUUGAUGACAACAAGGCCCUCUGCAAAUGUCCGCUGGAGUGGGAGGGAGAUUACUGCGAGAGGAAUAUCUUCGGUGUGGUAACAGCCUCAGUAGCCAUAGCUCUUGGAGUUACAGCCCUAGUCACCCUCUUCCUAGGCGGUCUGAUCUUUGCAGCUCACAGAAAGACCAAGAUCAUGGAGAUGGUGCACAACGCCAACAUGCCAACCUUCUCCUUGCCCAACUUCACCAUGCCCAACUUCAGAAGGCCAACUCCUCCUAAGGCAGACGAGGGGGGAGAUGAGCCACCCUCAAGCCCCAAAGCCGAACCCUCCACCACCGUGGAGGUGGGUGACCUGGGGAAAAAUUUUGAGAAUCCCGCCUACGUUUCAGAGGAUGAAGACGGAAAUUUCGCCCCCAGUGCUGUCGCCACAACGAUCCCCUCCUACGUUGGCCGACCCCAGGAGAGCAUUGAGAAUCCAGUCUAUGCCACGGACACCAGCAUAGUUUCAGAGCUGACAGUGUCUUCCAGUGCUUCUCCCAUACAUGCCAAUGGCAAUGCCAUACAUGCCAACGGCAAAGCAGCCCCUGUCAAGACUGUGUCUGUUGAGCCUGCCUUUGAGAACCCAGCUUACUCUGCAGAGCAGGAGCAAACACCAGAGAUCAGCAGUGGGGUCCAGGAUGGACAGAAGGAGAAAGAGGAUGAG